CAUAUUGUCGUAUUUCAUUAUUGUAUACACAACAUAGGUAUUUGAAUAUCGCCUGAUUUACAUAAUAUGAGAGAUCGGUAGCGCAGUUUAGGAUUUUUAAUGUCAGAUUUUUCCAUUCGGUAUGUAUGCUUUGAUGUGUCUAUACUUCUAUUGCGCAGCCCUACCUGCGGCUGCUGCAAUCCAAAAUUUUUGGAAUGAAGAUGAAUUUUGUCAGAAUUUAAACGCUAAAUAUGCUGUUAACAGCCGUGCAAUUAAAAUUGCAAAUAUCACAUGCAAAAAUACACAGCUGAAAGAUGAAGAAAAUAUGUUAGAUAAUGUGCGGAUUUUGUGUCGUGAACUUGAUUCAUUAACAUAUGUUUGGACUACGAAGAAUAACAUUGACGGUGUUAAAAUAGUUGUGGAAUUAAUAUCUCACAAUACAAUGGACAUGCAUUUGAUAUUAGAGACGGUUGUGUCAAACAUUCGAUUCAACAAUCUAAAGCCGAACACCGAGUAUGCUGCUAAAUUCCGGAUGUUGGUCAACGGCACUACGUAUCACACAGCGGAUACGCAAGUCCACAAGACGUUGGACGCCGGACAAAAUAAAGGCUUGGUGCACUCGGUCAACAUUUCAGAUUUUACCGCGACAAAUGAUUCUAAACUUAACACGACACUCGCCUGGUCACCGUCGAAUGACAUGAAUUGUCACUAUAAAAUCAUUUACCACGUGAACAGUGCAUCCGAAGGCUUGAAAACUCGUUACGUGGACGUCAGAGAGUCGUACGCUGUCACAUUAAAUGAUUUGAUUCCGGAAAACAAGUACACGGUCCUAAUACAAGCGUACUAUAAAUUCAAAAAUAAGUCGUCAACCAUCAUCUCAGGCGAUAAGGUGGAAUUCAAGUUCUCAACGCCGUUAUGUUUGGAAAUCAAAAAUUUCAACUUGAACUCGUGUCCUCCAGGGCAGCCAUACGGCGUAAAACUGUCCGAGACGCCGUCAGCGAGAGGUAAUCUUAAGGACAGAUACGACGCCCAGGUACGCUGGAAGAGUCCGAACACGGAUGGCCGGGGCGUAGACUACUUCACGGUCAGGUUGGACAACGAAGUGAAGAACGUGUCAGGCAAGGACUACAUCAUUUCGGCAGUAAAUUCGUCGCAGAACACGGACGAGGCGAAGAACGCGUCGGGUGUCACUGAGUAUGUGGCGUUGUUCGACAACGUGCCGCUUGGCGACCGGUGCUUGGUAAGCGUGCAGGCUUUUUCGCGCAUCGGCCACGGCCGCGAGUUCAUGACGUGGCUACAGCGCAUCAGCAACGAAACCGCAGCCACAGAGCAACACCGAUUAUACUAUUAUCCGCCGUGGACGACGGUCACACUACUCGGUUUGUUGGCGUUCUGCGUGGUGUUGGCCGUCCGACAACGCUUGCACCGGGGCGCAGCGGACGGUUCGGAUUGCGGUAGCAAGGUGUCUGCGGAUGGUUACGACAUGGCUAUGCUCAAGGGACUGGACGACGUGGACGUGUUGCUGGACGAUGACGCGGUCACCGUGUCCGACGUGUUCUUGGGACACGGCCACUUCGGCGUGGUCAGGAAGGGCACUCUAAAGACGGCCGACGGCCGCGUGUGUUCGGUGGCCGUCAAGUCACUCCGGGACCGACCAAGCAGCCGAGACCUGGACGAGUUCUUGCGUGAGAUACUGCUUAUGCAGAAGGUCGGUAAGCACCCGAACAUCGUGUCCAUGAUCGGAUGUUGCCUGGACGCCAACCGGCGAUGCAUGCUAGUCGUCGAGUACUGUCAGUUGGGUGACUUGCAGACUUACCUGAGAAAGGUCAGCAUCAAAUCGUGGUACGCCAACGACUUUUACGUGGGUCGGACAGAUCAGGCAAAUCUCACUGCUGCGGCGAACAGCAAGGGAGUCGAAUCGCUGCAGGAAGCGACGGGUCAGCCACCGAUGGUCUUCAACAACUGUUACCUAUACCACGGCGAUGAAAACGUAUUCCUCACGGUGGACGACUUGUUGCGUUUUGCCAGCCAAGCGGCUAACGGCAUGCUGUUUUUGGAAAGUAACCGAGUGGUACACAGGGACUUGGCCGCACGGAACGUAUUGCUCAGCGACCACCGCACGAUAAAGAUAUGCGAUUUCGGCCUUAGCCGGGACGUGUAUGAACAGAACCUCUACCAGAAGUCGAACCGCGGCGAUGCUCUGCCAGUAAAAUGGAUGGCGCUGGAGUCGCUCAAGUACCAGCUCUACACUACUCAGAGUGAUGUGUGGUCGUUUGGAGUGCUUCUCUGGGAAAUCAUGAUGUUGGGCGGGUGUCCUUAUCCGACGAUAAGUUCAUCCAGGAUAUAUGAAGUAUUACGCAGAGGUUACCGUAUGCCCAGGCCCACUUUGUGCUGUUACAGUUUAUACGAAGUCAUGCUUGCGUGCUGGCAUUCAAACCCGGCCAACCGGCCAAAGUUUCGUACAAUCAAAGACACAAUUGACGGUAUAAUGGAAAAUCAAUACUCAUAAUCAUAUUUUUUUUUACCAAAUUUUAAUUUUUUUUUUUAUUAUUAUAUUAUAAUAUAAUAUAUGGUUUUUUUUUAAAAAUAUAACAUAUA